AUUUCUUUCAAAGCAAACUCAAUAUCGCAAAGAAUGACUAGUGUUAGUUCAACAAGAAUAUCACUUUUUGAAGCACAACAAACUUUUAUUCAUGUAACAAAUAUAAUUCGAGUUCAAUGGCGUGCGGCACUUGGAGCAGCAUUCAUGUUAGUUGUUUACUCGACAAACUGGGCUCUUUACUCAUAUCAUAUGCCUCGUUUGGACGCAAAUAUUAUAAAGUCUGAUUGGUUUCAAGAAUGGAUGAAAUGUCUAGAGACUGGAACUCAAUCAACUUGCGCAUUUUAUGCCCAUGAUUACGUUCCAAGGUUCUAUAUGAUAAUAGUGAUAUUAGCGGUUAAUAGAUUUUGUGGUAUUGUAAUAUUUAUUCUUUUUGCCGGAAAAAGGAUUGUAUUUGUAGAAUUAUGGAACUUUAUAACAAAAACUCCAAGACCAGCAUCAAGUUAUUCCAUAUCAACUGAAAGGAGACCUUCCGUAAACGUAUCACGAACUCCUUCAACACGAAAAGACAAAGGAAUAUCUUUUUCAUCCUUUAUUUCGACAUCUAAAGAAAUACAGGAUGUAUCAAAUAAUUCACCUCUAUCGGCCUCAUUAAACUCAAAUUUAAGUACACCACCUUCUAUAUUAAUGAGUUCACAAGAAAAACACUUAUCUGAUUCUUCAAAAUUUCCAAAUUCGAGACGUCUUACUUUCUCUUCGUUCACUACUGAUAACAAUUAUUUAAUCGAACCUAUUAAACAUGAUAGUUCAUUAUCAUACGUUACAAUUGACUUGAUUGACGGCCAACGUCAAGAAAUGAUGGAAAAGAAUAAUGAGACAGCCUUGACAAUGCCUCAAGACAACAAUGAUACAUUGUAUUCUUCACAAUGA